UAUUUGCCUCCCGACCUCUUCAAACUCUCAUCUACCCCAACUAAACGACUCCAUUCAAUAUAUACAUAUCCAGUCUUGCAAUGAAGAGGGCUUUAACGCACGCAUCUUCCUCUCUAAGACCACACUCCUCCAUCAACGCCGUGCGCUACUAUUUCUUUUCCAGCACCACAUCACGUGAACAACCUGCCAAAGAACCAACCGAACCAACCCAGCCGGUUAAGAGCUCGACUCCAGAACCACCAGCAGAGCCAGUCAAGGUCAAAGUCAGGUCCAAGACGAUCGCAGAGCUCGAUGAGGAACUGAAGCUUAAGCUAGAGGAGAUCAGUGGGGAGGGUGGAGCUGCAGGAUUGGAGUAUGAGAAUGGGAAGGCGGUGGCGAUGAAGAGGGGGGUGAAGGACAAUAUGUUCAGGCUGAUAUGAGGUGGUCUUGGUGUCUGUGCUCGAACGAGCUGAUGUUCAGUGUGGUUGGGAGGAUGUGUAUUUUAGCUUUGGUGGUAUAUCAGCCCUUUGUAUUUGGAAUUUAAUAGAG